CCGUGCUAAUGUAAAUGCUCCAAUUUUAUUGCUUCUCCCCUGAUUGUCGUGAAAACAGUUUUGAGACACUUCCGGGUGGAUGGGGUAGUGCCAGUGGUCUGUGUGAAUGUGUGUUUGAGUGGAAUUUGGUUGUUUUUCUUCAUUUUCUGUCAGGAUGAGUUGCUACAUCAAAGUAGCAGAGGAAGAAAAUGAGGAACCAAUGGAAAUACCGUGCGAAGAGGAUAUGGGUCUGUUGUUGACUACACUGGCGGCGCAGUUCCCGGGUGUAUGUGGCCUAAAAUAUCGUACAGAGUCCAGAAGUUUGCGUGGUGUGCGUCUUGUGGAUGGCAAAUUUCAACCGCCAGACGGUGGCUGGGGAAAUGUCGUGUACCUGUGCGUCUUUCCUAAAGAAAAUCCUGAAGAAAACAAACGCAAAAAUGACGAACUGCUCGAGUCUGGCCUGGCCAAGACCAAGCGUCUGGAGCUGAAACAAAAGUGUUCGGACCUGAUCGUGCUCGGCCUGCCAUGGAAAACCACCGAACAGGAGCUGCGCGAGUACUUCGAGCCUUUCGGCGAGGUCCUUAUGGCCCAGGUGAAGAAGGACCCCAAGUCAGGACAGAGCAAGGGCUUCGGUUUCAUCCGUUUCGGCUCGUUUGAGUCUCAGAUGCGCGUUCUGAGCCAGCGGCAUAUGAUCGACGGACGCUGGUGCGACGUCAAGAUCCCCAACUCUCGCUCCAUGGAGGGACAGCAGCACCAGGUGCCCUGUAAGGUGUUCGUCGGACGAUGCUCUGACGAUAUCACCCCGGACGACCUGCGCGACUACUUCGGACAGUUCGGUGAGGUCACAGACGUCUUCAUCCCCAAACCGUUCCGCGCAUUCGCGUUCGUCACUUUCCUGAACCCUGACGUUGCUCAGAGUUUGUGCGGAGAGGAUCACAUCAUCAAGAACACGUCGGUGCUUGUCAGUAACGCGGCGCCGAAGACGGACCACGCGGCACGUCACGGGUUCGGACGCGGCCACCUGCGUGACGCCGGCCGUCCGGGGAUGGGUGGAUACGGCCCGGCACAGCACGGCUACGGCAGCCAGGGCAUGAACGGCGGCUGGGGCGGCCAGCACCAGAGCGGUCGCGGCACCGAGAUGCCCAACCUGGCGGCGCUCGGCACCUCGCUGGGUAUCGGCGGCAGCAUGGGCCAGGGCGGCCACCAGGGAAUGGCUGGCGGCCAGGGCCCCAACCCGGCCCAGAUGGGGGUCGGUGCGCUGAACCUCGGCCUGAACCCGCUGGCGGUGGCGGCGGCGCUCAACCAGGCCGGCUGGGGCCUGCUCAGCAAUCUGCCCGGCCAGUCGCCCGACACACCGAUGGCCUACAGCCAGGCGGGGCCGGCGCCGGCCAGCCAGGCUGCUCAGGGACCGCCGUCAAUGGCGCCCAGCAGCCAGGCGGGCGGCGGACCGGCCGGCGGCAGCUUCCUCAACUGGAUGAACCAGGGCGCCGGCGCCGGAGGUGAUGCCGGUAUGCCGCAGCCGCCCGGUAGUCAGCCGCCGGGCGCCGGAGCUGGCUGGCCUCAGCGCUCUGACCAGAAGCCAACCGGCGCCGCCUAUAACCGUAAUCCCACCUACGAUGUCUAGGUGACGAUCGGCGAGGGAUGGCGCUCAGAGCGAAUGAGGCAGGAGGGAAGAGAGAGAGAAAAAGAGCAACCGAUAGAGCGCGCGCAGAGUACGAGCGAGUGCGAGGCAGACCGAGCGAGGGCACGCGAGGGUCGCGGCGCCCGGUGUUAACCUGUGGCUUUUGUUAUUGUUACUGGUGUGCAGUAUGGUAUGGGACGAGGGGCGCGCCCGCUACCACUCUGUAGCCGGGCGGCGGCGGCGCCCGGGGCCGGUAGGUACUCUCACCGGCAGGGCAGGGUGGCCGGCCGCCCCCAACAUGAU